CGGCUGAUCACCAAAGUAGCCAUAGUAAACAACACUUGAUUAAGCUCACUUCUCCUCAACUUACCCCAACAACAUGGCCUCGACCUCGACUGAAACUGUCGUCCUUUCAAACAAUCAGCAUGAGAUAGUCCGUCAAUUAGCAGAUUUCCCUGAAAACAUUUGGGCCGAUUCUAUGUCUUCAUUUACUCUCGAUGAUCAGGGAUAUGAUUUGUGUGCCAAAGAGAUUGAAAUGUUAAAGGCAGAAGUGAUGAGCAUGCUUUUGGCAACCAGCAAAACCAUGAUGGAGAAACUCAAUUUUAUAAAUCAAAUAGAAAGACUUGGUAUCUUGCAUCACUUUGAGGAUGAGAUUGAAAACCAACUUCAACAGUUUUUCAAUCUGUGCACCAACUUGGGAGAGCAACAAGAAUAUGAUUUAUCUACUGUAGGACUUCAAUUUCGACUCUUCAGACAACAUGGUUAUAAUAUUUCUUGUGACAUCUUCGACCAAUUCAUUGAUGGAAAUGGUAAGUUCCAGGAAUCCUUAUGCAGUGACAUGAAAGGUCUACUAAGUCUAUAUGAAGCUGCUCAUGUGAGGACACAUGGAGAUAAGAUUUUAGAUGAAGCCCUUGCUUUCACAACCACUCAUCUGAAACGGGGACUUUCCUAUGUGGGUUCUACUCUUGCAAAACAAGUAACACAUGCCCUUGAGAAGCCACUGCAUAAGGGCAUUUCAAGAUAUGAGGCCUAUUGUUACAUCUCCAUAUACGAGGAAGAUGAAUCUAAUAACAAAUUACUGCUAAGGCUUGCCAAACUGGAUUACCACUUGUUACAGAUGCUAUAUAAACAAGACCUUUGUGAGAUAAUAAGAUGGGGGAAGAAAUUGGACAUGAGAUCAAAAAUUCCAUAUGCAAGGGAAAGAUUUGUCGAAUGCUACUUUUGGGCGGUUGGAACCUUUUAUGAACCUAAGUACUCUUUUGCUCGACAGAUGUUUGCAAAAAUAGCAGUGUUUGUUGCAAUAGUUGAUGAUGCCUAUGAUGCUUACGGCACUCUUGAAGAACUUAAAAUUUUCACGGACGCUGUUGACAGGUGGGAUGGCAAUGGAAUCGAUCAACUCCCAGAAUGCUUGAAGACAACCUACAUGACACUUCUGAGCCUCAAUAAAGAGCUUGAGGAAAUUUUAGCUAAAGAGCGAAGAACCUAUGCAUUCAACAAGUAUAUUCAAGAAUGGGAAAACUAUACGAGGACAAGCUUCACUCAGUCAAAGUGGUUUCUUACAAAUGAAUUGCCACCUUUUGCUGAUUACUUGAGCAAUAGUCUGAUCACAAGCACAUACUAUCUGCUGGCAGCAGCAGCUUUUCUUGGCAUGGAUAGUGCCUCGGAGGAUGUUAUCAAUUGGAUGUCAACUAAUCCUAAACUUUUUGUCGCUUUUACGAAACAUGCCAGAUUGAUUAAUGAUGUCGCCAGUCAUAAGUUCGAGAAAGAAAGGGGCAGUGGCACAGCCAUUGAAUGCUACAUGAAAGACUAUAAUGUGUCAGAGGAAGAGGCAAUGAAGAAGUUUGAAGAGAUGUGUGAGGAUGCUUGGAAGGUAAUGAAUGAAGAAUGCUUAAGGCCUACUACCAUUCCAAGAGAAAUUUUCAAAGUGAUGCUCAAUCUGGCACGAAUAUGCGAAGUUGUUUACGACCAACGUGAAGAUAAAUUUACUUGUCCAUCUUACCUUGAAGGCUACGUGAAGGCUUUGUUCAUUGACUCCAUAUCGGUUUGAGGAAGACUGUGGUUCAAGUUUUAUGUUUUCAAGGAAUUGGCGCAAUCAAUGCAGUUUGAGUUGUGACAUGUGACUUGUGAAGUGUGUUUUUCUGCUUUGUCUAGUCCAGUCUUUAAGCAUGAUAAUGCAGGUUUUUAUACUACUUUUGUUGUAAAAUACAAGUUGAAUAAUAUCAAUGGCGAGUCGGGAGAUGAAAUGCCCCUUGCUUGUGUUUCCACUCCCUCUACUUGCCCUUGUGUAUCAAAAAAUUAUAAGUUGAGUAAUGCGUGCAAGAUUUUGGAAUUUC